AUGGCCAACACAGGCUAUACCUCGCCAUUUCCAACCUCGCAUGACACCAUUGGACAGUCAACAUUGGUGACGCCUCUCUUCAUGCCAUCCUCUCCUCCCCAGCAUCCUUCCAGCCCAUUGAGAUCUCCGUCCCCCGCCCAAACUCCUGCAACCGCCCAGACUCCUUCAACCGAGCGCGUCGCAGCGAAACGUAGCGACCACGGUCGUGACCAGGCUCGUGACUAUGGAUACCAUUCCGAUAAUGAAAUGCAACAUCGCUCUCGCCCCGCCUCUCCUGGAAGCCCGACAGGCUCAGAUCUCGAUGCGCGUCUUGCCGAUUACACCUUGGAUUUCAGCAACUUCCCGAGCGGCCAUUUUCCUAUGGAUGGGAACGACGAAACUCUACCCCCUUUCCAUCAAGAUGUAGAUAAAUUAUCCGACGUUGGAGGCCCCGAGGACUUUACUGCGAAUAUGGAGAAAUACCUGAUGGGCGAUGAGGAUGGAGCAAACCACGAAGAGGAGGAGGACGAAGCUGAAGUAGACUACGGAUCAGUACGACGAUCUUUCCGGAAAUCGAAGCAACCGGUCAUCGAAGACGAAGCCGACUCUGGGGAGUACAGUGAAUUCGGACCGCCAGUGGAUAUGUCGACUCCUUCACACUUGUUGCACCGGACUAGCGCUAUCCGCAAAGAUUCAACCCAUCUGGAAGGUAUUGAAGAAUACCCCGACGAUGACGAGGCCCAGGAUUCUGCAUCCCCUUCCGUCCGAAAAUUGUCGGACGCCUCCAGUCAUGCACCAGAGGAGCAGAAUGAGGAUCUUCACCAGCAGAUCGCACGUAUGGAACACGCCAUGAAUGAAUGCGACAAUCAAUUGCUGAAAAAUCGCAGUCGUAUUCUCGAGGCUGUUUCUGCUAGUGAGCAGAUCCGUCAUCUCCAGACAGAAUUGCAGCAGAAGAAUGCUCUCUUGGACGAGAUGAAUGCCAAAAGUAGCAACGAGGCAAUGCUACGCGAGCAAGUCCAGUCGCUUCAAAAGAAGAAUGAGGAACAUGAAAAGCUAUUACGCCAGUCCAGCAUGAACACAACGGAUCUCAAUCCUCUUUUGAACCAGAUUCGUGAGAUGCAACAGCAACUCCAAAACAGAGACGCACAGACUCCUUUGGACAAGGAGCGAUUGGAGACAAUUGCUCACCUGCGCCAGCAACUCAAUAUUUCCCAAGAGCAGGUGCGAAAGCGCGAUGAAACUCUAGAUGAGACAUUCACUAAGCUCAAGGAAGUCACACGGGCUAAGGAUGCACAAAUACAGGAGAAGAACUCGGAGAUUGAUCAACUCCAAGCACAGAUCGAUGAUUAUGGACUGGAGAAUGAGAAGCUCGAGUCGGAAUUAGAGCGUGCGCAUAAUGAUUUCCAGGUUCUCGAGGAACGCUAUAUCGACCUGGAAGUUAGAAGUCGACCUCUAGAGGAAAAGAACAUCACACUGGAAGAAAAUCUCAGCCGUGUUCAAACCCAUAUGGAAGCCCAGGAGAGUGCUCUCAAAGCUGCUGCUGCAGAUCUGCCUGUCAGUGGCCACAGCACCUACAGCGAGAUUCUCGAUCUGAUCAAAGAUUUGGGCCCAGGGGAUCCCACAUCCCCACUUCACUCGCCAUUGAAGGACAAGUUCGUGGACACCCAAGGCGUGCAGCAACCGCAACAGCCAGACAUGCCAAGCAUUGCAAGCCUUCAGCAAGAACUCCGGGAGUUAUCCGCCGCCCAGAAAGCUGCAGAUACCGAAGCAGCUCGUCUGCGUGAUCAGGCGACUGAAGCUCAGACCCUCAUCAAAACCAUCGAAACCGAGAACUCGCGACUCUCCAACCGAGUAAGCGAGCUCACAACAGCCCUAACCAAGUCCCAGCACAAUCUACUCCAGUCGCAAGAACAGCAUGCUGAAUCCCUCGAGACCAUCGCCCGCUUGCAAGAAGACAGGGUCGUCGAACCUCCUAGUCCACCCCCUUCACCCCCAACAGCGCGCGAAGCUCUCAACCCAGAGCCAAGAGGACCGGACACCGCAGCCCUAGAGGCAAACCACCAAAGCCAACUCCGCAGCCUGCACACCGCACACUCAACAGCCGUCUCAACACUGCGCGCCUCGCACGCCGAGUCAAUGCGCAAAAUCCGCAACCUCCUCGUAGCCGCCGAGCAACGCGAAGCCGAUUUACGCUCGGAACUUGCAACUCUCCGCGCCUCAUCUGCAACCUCCGAAAACCACCUACGCAAGAGCUUCAAAAUAGAGCUCCGCCGCCUGGAAGACAUCAUCGCCGGAAAGGACGAAACCGCCGCCGCGAUGGACCAGCGCAUCGCUCUGUCUGUGGACAAGCGCGAGCGCGAGUGGGAGCGGCGCAUCGACCUCCUCCUCAAGGAGCGAGAUCGCAUGGCCAAGGCUUUGAUGAUGAGCUGGGGCGAGAAUGAGCUGGGUCGGGGUCCGGGGUCUUUGGCUGAGAGUCACGGCAAAGAGAGCCGUCGUCGUGACCGAGACCGUGAUGUGGAAGCCAAGAGCGGCCAGGCUUAUCGCUACAAGUAUGCUCAGAAGCAGAAGUCUAAAAGCACCGAGACUAGGGCUUAG